AUUGGCUACAAGUCUGAAGACACAGAAACUCCGGAAGUACAGCACGCCUUGAACUCUUUACUUAAGGUUUUCCGUGUUUGAGGUGUUUGCGGGAUUUUUUCUAAACUUCUUGUGCCCCCAUAUUGUAACAAGUUCGAGCUAACGAGCGAAAAUGUCGACGGAAAAGAGUUUAGCAAAAGGAAGUCCUGCUCCUGGGCCGGUCCCUAAAGACCACAUCCGACUUUACAGCAUGAGGUUUUGCCCUUUUGCUCAGAGGACCAGAUUAGUGCUGCACGCCAAAGGGAUAAAAUUUGACACCAUCAACGUCGACCUGAAAGAGAAACCCGAGUGGUUCUUCGAGAAGAACCCAUUUGGUACUGUUCCAGUCCUCGAGACACCUGCUGGGGAAGUCAUAUACGAGUCCUGCAUCACCUCUGACUACCUGGAUGAAGUCUAUCCGGAGAAGAAGCUGAUUCCAUCCUCUCCUUUUGCCAAAGCUCAGCAGAAGAUGCUGCUGGAGCAUUUUGCAAAGUUGGUGCCAUUCUUCUACAGGAUCCCAUCCGCAAAGAUGAAUGGUGAAGAUGUGUCAGGAAUGGAAGCUGAACUGAAGGAGAAAUUAGCCAAAUUAAAUGAGGAGUUGGUGCAAAAGAAGACGAAGUUCUUCGGGGGGGAUUCCAUCACAAUGAUUGAUUAUAUGAUGUGGCCAUUUUUUGAGAGAGCUGAGGUCUUUGAAGUGCAGCACUGUCUGGACCACACACCUGAGCUGAAGAAGUGGAUCGAGCUCAUGUUGGAGGAUCCAGCUGUUAAAGCCACCAUCCACCCUGUGGAAACACACAAGAUCUUUUACAAGAGCUUCAUUGACGGGAAACCCGACUUUGACUAUGGCCUUUAGGAAACACCGUCCAUUUUAAUUGCAAUCUCUUCAAUAAAUGUUUGUUUAAGCUGAACCAAAAAAAAGUUUGAGAAAUUACUUUAAAAAGCAGAGAUUGUAUUGGGCAUGCAACAUUUUUACUGAAAUAUUUGUAAUGAUCUUUGUCUCUGUAGCAAUGAUUUCAAUAAAGCAAUUUGGAGAAACAAAAUAA